AUGGCAACUGAACAUACCCCUUUCAUCACAGAUGAAAAUGUUUCAUGGAAACGUAUUGAACAACAAUUGGCAGGUGAUGAAGCAGAAGAGUCAUCAUUACCAUCUUUGCCACAGUCAUCGACUUCUCCUCCAGACUUGAAAAGCAAACUGACUGCUGCAGACAAAAUCACAUUGACUGAGAAGCUCCAAAAUUUCAAAAAGCUUCAUAAAGAUGAUUUCUGGGUCUUGGCAGCAACAAGGAGACAAGCAGAAGAUGAUGUUGAGCCGAUCUCCGUCGAAGAAAAGGUUAUGGCGUUUGCGUUGGGAUGCGAGUAUUAUCAUCCUUCCCAAUCUUUGAUCCUAGAUUUGGGGGAUAAAAACUGGAGUUCUGUGUUCAGUGAAGAAGACCUCGACGAAAUACGUGGUGCUGGUGGCGAUUUGCCUUGUGGUAAAACUGGUGCGGAGGUGUUCAAGUAUGCAAGAAGCAUUGAAAUCACCGAUCCUACCAAAGAAACAUUGAAAGUGUGGUUGUCGACCGAGCUACAAAAUAUACAGUGGACCCCCUUUAAUGUCAACCCCUUUAAUGUCAACCCCCGAUACGGUCAACCUUUUUCUGAGAACCUCAAAUUUUAG